GGAGAAAGACUGACGCUUGAUGCUCUUUGAUGAGGAACGGAGUAAAGGUGUGUGUGUGUGUGUGUGUGUGUGUGUGUGUAGGGAGAGAGAAAGGGAGGGAGACAGUGUGUAUGGGAGAGAGAGAGAGAGAGAGAGAGAGGUUGCUCUCCUCUGUAGUUCCUCCUCUCAGUCUGACACCAGCAGUCUGUCUUUUUCCUCCUCCGCUGUGGUGAAACUCCAUCAGGUUGUGACAGCCAUGUUGGCGGUGUGUUUGAGGCUGCUUUUGCUCCUCCCCCUGGUUUGCUGCGUCCCCUCCCCCUCCAGACCUCCUCCCAGACUGUGCAGGCGGUGCUGCGACCAGCCGGAGCCGUCAGCAGCCACGGCCCAAUAUCAGAUGCCUGAGGUCCGUACUGUCAUCAACAUGACCAUCCUCAAAGGUGAUAAAGGAGACAAAGGCGACAAGGGUACACCUGGCAAACCUGGCAUAGAGGGACCUCCCGGCUUCCGAGGACCCAUGGGCCCUAAAGGUAACAAAGGCCAGGCAGGUGCCCCUGGAGACGCCUGCAAGAUCCCUCACUCUUCCUUCUCGGUGGGACGUCGCAAGUCCCUGCACAGCGUGGAUUACUACCAGGCGCUGGUGUUCGACACAGUGUUCGUGAACCUCCACGAGCACUUCAACAUGUUCAAGGGCAAGUUCUACUGCUACGUGCCGGGGAUCUACUUCUUCAACAUCAACAUCCACACCUGGAACUUUAAGGAGACCUACCUCCACCUGAUGCACAACGACAAGGAGCAAGUCAUCCUAUACGCUCAGCCCAGCGAGAGGUCCAUCAUGCAGAGCCAGAGUGUCAUGCUGGAUCUGGCUCUGAAUGACGAGGUCUGGGUUCGACUUUACAAGAGGGAGAGGGAGAAUGCCAUUUACAGUGAUGACGUGGAUGUUUACAUCACCUUCAGUGGAUACCUGGUAGCACCUAGCAUCCAGUGAAAAUGGGACAGAGAAUCUCUGGGUCAGAUAAUUUGGUCUUUUUGCCAUGGAUACUGCUUUGUGCCAAGAAAGGAGAACUAAACAGAGGACAUUACAAGUUUGGUGCUUAUUAAAUAUUCCUUUCAGCCUGGAGAGGAACUUUCUUGCUUUCUUAAAUGAGGACUGCCCAAAAAUACUAGAAUCAAAAAGAACAAUAAAAAAAGAGAAAGGUAGCAGAGCACGCGAUUAGGAAGUAAUGUUGAAUUACUUCCUUUGCACUAAAAAUACACUUUUGUACAAAGUAAAUGAUUUUUUCCUACUUCUGUGCUGUGCUAGUUUUCCUCUUGGAUCACUCCUUUCAGGGACUCUGUGUGUAAACACAAGUUGUAUCACAUAUCAGGAAUCAUAAAUCUGUGCAAUCAGUUCUGUAUUUGUGCUAUGAUGCUUCUUAACAGGAGAGUUUCUGUGCUGUCAUACCUUUUAACAAAUGUUUCCUUUGUGCCUUUCAGAAGAACACUUCAAAGGGUUAAUUCACCUAAAUUACAAAAACACAUUGCCCCACAUUGCCCCCAUGGUGUCUAGCCAUGCAAAUAGUUGUUAAGCUUUGAGAUAUCUAUUUCUGAAAGCAUAUUUUGUCAUUCUGAUACAAAAUUGUUACACGGUCAGUGGUGGAAAGUAACUAAGUACAUUUACUCAAGUACUGUACUUAAUUUUGAGGUACUUGUACUUUACGUGACUAUUUCCAUUUUAUGCUACUUCAUACUUCUAAUCCACUACAUUUUGGAAGCCAAUAUUGUACUACAUUUAUUUGACAACAUUGGUCACUAGUUACUUUGCAGAUUCAGAUUAUUAUAAUAGUAUUAUAUAUGCUAUUCUGAAAUGGGCCAUUCUGCAUAGUGAGUACUUUUACUUUUGGUAGGCCUACUUUAAGUAUAUUUUGAUUCAAAUACUUAUGUACUUUUACUUAAGUAAGAUUUUGAAUGCAGGACUUUUACUAGUAUUAUUACACUGUGGUAUUGCUACUUUUACUUAAGUAAAACAUUUGGGGGGGAGUUAUAAAAAAGUAAAAAAUGUAUAUCCCGACAUAUCAAAAUAAAAAAAGGUGCUUCAUUACUAAAUGCAGGAAUGCAUUAGGGUUUUGAUGAUUAAAUGUCAUGGAUUCUUACAGAGACUUCAAACUGCAGAGCAGUUUAUGUAAAUAGCUGUAUUAUAGCUGCCUUUAUAGCCUAAAUCUGUGCUGCCACUCAUGCUAUUGGGGGUCUGUGUAUGUGUUUGUUUGUAUUUGUAAACUGUAUUUCCUCCAUCACUAGCCAAGCAGUGCUUUGUUCUGUAUCACUGAGCAACAAAAAGACACUUGAUUAUGAAAAAUUAAAUGCUUUCAGAAUUUCACAUGAAAUCAGAAGCUUGUAUAUUCCA